AUGGCUUCAGCGUUUGCUUUCUCUUCUGCAGGCCGACAAUCUAUUCUGAUUUAUAGCCAAGACGAUAAUCAUGAGGUGGUGGAAAUAAGAAUUCAUGAACAUGAAAGAAUUCUGAGGAUGAAUUCAAGAGACUAUGGUCAGUUUAGUCCUAAACCAAAGCUCGUGAGGCCUCCUUCCAAGCUCAUUCCCAACUGA